GAAAGACCUGGAGAGGAAACACAUUCUGGAAACUGUCUGACUGGAUAAAGUUUUCUCUUAAGGAGCUUAAAUAUACAACAGCUUCAGUGAUGAAGACCCCAUCAGUGCUGAUCUCUGCAGCAGUUUUGGUGUUGCUGCUCAGUCAGCUCAGGAGCACAGACGCUGCCACCUUUCAAGGCGCGUUCCCACACCCAAACAAAUACAACCCAAACGACUCGGAUCGAUGCCAACAACCCGCCAUCAGUGGAUUAAUUUCGCGCGGGCCUGGGCCUGUCACCUCCACCGACGAAGUGCUGGAGUCCAGCCAGGAGGCGCUGCACGUCACGGAGCGUCGCUACCUGCGGCUGGACUGGUGCAAGACGCAGCCGCUCAAGCAGACCAUCCAGGAGGAGGGCUGCCUGAGCCGCACCAUCAUCAACCGCUUCUGCUACGGACAGUGCAACUCCUUCUACAUCCCGAGGCAUAACUACCAGGACGGGGACGCCUUCCAGUCCUGCUCCGCCUGCAAACCCAAAACCUUCAGCACCGUCACGUACACCCUGUACUGUCCGGGUCAGACACCAAACACCAGGAAGAAACGGAUCCAGCGCGUAAAGCAGUGCCGCUGCACGACCAUUGAUACGGAUUAGACGCAAACUGACUCAUCCUGGUUGAUAAUAUCCGCUUAAAAAUACCAGAAAGUGUAUUUUGCUUAAAGGAGACAUGAGAAUGAGAAGGUGUGAGACUUAUCUGAACCCAUUUUUAGUCAUUAUAAUGGAGAGAAGAUGCUGACAGACCAUAUGUGGUUGAUUCAGAUGCCACUUCCCAUCUAAUUUAAGCUACAAUUAAUAAUUCAUCACACCCAAAUAUCUUGUCAAUUAUCAGUCAUUGCUUCCACAAAGUUUUUUGUUGUUGUUGACAGAUUUGGAGGAUUUGUUGUCAAAUGCUUUUAGAUGCAGCCAACAUUUAGUGACCUAAAACAUAAGAAUGUUAGCUUAAGCU